AUGUUCGGCACCAGUCCCCCCAUGUCAGGUGCUAGUACUGUGCUCUCGUCCACCGGCCCUCAAACCACCCUUCCGAAAACUGGCGUAUCACCGACUACUGCAGCCCCGCUUUCUUCCGGGUUGAUUGGCCCUGUUGUGAUAGUGGAAACCACCACAGCGACACUCCCUGUCGUAACCUCUUUAACUACUCUGGUUACCCUUGGUCAUACCUUUACCUUGCGGCCACCUGCUAAUACAAGUCCGGGCCAGGACAUUCCGGUAUUGGUCAUUGUUGGAACAAAAACAGCAACUCUCCCCGGUGUCCUAGUAAAAACUACACUUGUUACUUUCGGCUCAACGUUCACAAUUAUGCCUCCAGCAUCCAUGGGCAUAAAUCUAAGUUCAGGUUCCGAAACAUCUAGCGUUGUCAGCAGCUUUCCACCCGUACCUGGAGAAACAACUAUGAUCACCCGGAGCCAAACCAUGAAAGACGUACCAGGUGUGACCACUAGCGAUCGGCGACCGUCCAUGGCUACGGAAGAAAUCUCCAAAUCAACGACAACUAGAUCAGCGAGCUUAGCGUUUUCAUCUCUGACUGAAAAAACGCGGGAAACAAUGGGGCGCCAGGCAUCCACUCUUACAUCAGGGACUUUGCUAACAACUGCGACUACCGUCAGCCAACCAUCCGAAAAGCCGUCAGCAACUAGGUCAGUAACAACAUCCAAAACAGAUAGAAGCAAAAAGGUCCCUCCACGCACCAAGCUAUCAGAUACACCAGCAACAACUUCCAAAGCAGAGGAAUCGAAAAGAAUCCUUCAUCCACCAAGCCAUCAGAUACACUGGCAACAACUUCCAAGGCAGGGGAGAGCAAAAAGGAUUCUUCACCCACCAAGUCAUCAAAUACACCAGCAACAGCUUCCAGGGAAACCAAAAAGGAUCCUUCUCUCACCAAGUCAUCAAAUGCGCCAGCAACAACACCCAAGACAAACGCUAGCAAGACGGACCGUCUGUCGACGGCUUUUACUCGGUGGCCUCCAGACGCUGUUGUCACUCCGGUUGAAGUUGAAGUCGAAAAGCCCAAGCGACUGGACAACGAUGGCGGUGUAUGGCCCUCCUCCGAUUCAGAAUAUCAAGCUCCCACCACAAAUACAGUUCAAAGGCGAACUUCCGCCAUGGCCUAGGUUCACUGUUGGGAUUGACGGCGUUCCCACAUUCCCUCCGAAGCCGAACCCCACCAAAUGCAGAACCAAGGCAGCCUCUCUAUGUUCCACUACUACAUCAUUCGUUGUAUCGGCUGUUGGUAAUACGUUGCAGACGAUCUCAUCACAGGUGAUCCCUCCAACAUGCGUCCAGGUACGCGGUUGCUUAGUGACAGAUGCGACGCACACAGCUACCGCAACGACUACAGAAGAGUGUCCAACUUCCACUGUGACUGAUGCAAUUAUCACUUGUAGCGGAAGCGGAAUGACAGCCUGCAUGACGAAGACCACGAUCCCCAGAAAGGGCUGCUCGGUCACGCCCGUUACGACAACCGUGUCAUGCACCCCCGCUCCUACUGGGAGUCGUCAUCGUCGAAACCUUUGUCCCUUGCUGGAAGAGUACAUUGUUUGGCCAAAGGACGGUAAGAAAAUUGGCGAAACCAAUGCAAUCCACAGUGAGAUGCAGAAGGUGCUUCAUGAUAAAACAAAAAUCACAGUCUUGAAAACCAAGAGCUUGGGAGUCCACGUCUGGCGGGUCUUGCUAGAACCCGAUCAGGUACAAAGGAUUAGGGACAUACCAAAUGUUGCAGUGGUGUACCCUCAAUGCAAGUCGAACUGUGGAGACCCGUUCACUUCAGGCCCAAGGCUGAGGUAUCAAAAGAAAUACGUCGACGAGUUCAUUGACGGCGACGAAGGUCGCACCCAGUUAGUUUUCAUCUCAAAUCCCGAGGAAGAAUUUCAUGAAAAACUUUUACGGGAAUCCUAUGUCUUCAAUGUUAGCGCAGUGGAGGACAUCCCCAUCUACAUUGUAGAUACCGGGGCCCAGCUAGACAACCCAGUAAGUGAUCCACCUAAGAAAGCCGAAUUCUUGUUUGCGGGCCCGGAUUAUGACGGUAAGGAGCACAAGGAUGAUUCUGGUACUCCGCUUGGUGGCUUUUGCUCAGUGACUGGCCCUCCUUGCAACCCACAUGGCACGGCCAUGUUGAGCGUGAUAGCCGGUUAUAAGCUUGGAGUUGUCAAAAGGAUCAAGCCGAUUAUCGUGCGCAUACCACGAAGGGAUGAAAGCGGCGGCGGUUCCACACCCAUAGACUGGCUUAAUGGGUUAGGUAAGAUCCUUGACGCCUUUCCAAAUGACAGCGAGAAAACGCGGGCCAUCGUCUCUCUGUCCUGGAUUUACUCGCCUGGACUUUUCGAAAAAUCGGUUCGGCGAGCAUUCGAUCUAAAGCAAAUAGAACAAUCUGAUAUGGAGGUAGCCUGGAUGCGAUGGCAGACAAGGAUGUAUGAGCUACUCACGAGCCUGGUUCGAAAAGGUGUCUUUGUGGUUGUUGGCUCGGGUAACGAUCUUAUUAUUAAUGGAUACCCAGCUCUCUUUGGUGCUAAACCGCAAGCGGGUAAACUUCACAUUCCCGAACUGAUGGUGGUCGGGGCUUUAGAUCCAAGCAAUGGACAAAGAUGGUGGAAGUCGGGCAUCGACCUACCCAAAGGCCUUCCUCACAUAUACGCUCCUGGCACCGGUAUCUUGGCUGCGGAGGGCAACAAAACGAAAUGGAAAAAUAAAGAGUUUUACAAGUCCACUCAGGGCACCUCGGAAGCCACUGCUAUGACCGCCGCGCUUGCUGCGUAUUUCCUGAGUCUUCACCAGGUUGGGCGGCUUCCACCUGAUUCGAAAGGCAACAACCCCGACAUGAGCCCAGCCGGCCUUAAAGAGUAUAUCCUCAACAGUGGAUGGGUGCGAUAUACUGACCCACACGACGGGCCUAUCCUGGGGAUAUGGAACGGUGUGAAACCUGAGAAUGUUAAAUCACAGGGAUAUUGUUCCUAUAAGCCAAAAGGACAUAUAUUUCGUCGGCAGGAAGAGGAGUGCGUACCGGGCACGUCCUCGGUUUCACGCUCUUCUAAGCGUCCUACUAGCACUUCAACAACAUCGACCAAACCAACAACUCGACGUGACCCGCCAUCCACUACCGUCAAACCAACCACACUCACAACUAGCACUCGGCGCCCGAAGUCUACUCCAACAGAGAAGCCGAUACAGCCACUGAAGCUUGAGAAGCGCCAAUGCUUCACCUCCCCUUCUUCAGACUUGGGCGUUGUUGACAAGUUCGCGGUGAAAUACGUCGCCGACGAGAUUUGUACGGGCCUCCAUCUGGACGAGGCAAAAAUGUCUCCAGGAAAAAAGCCUAUAGAUCUGGAGCUAAAUCUUUACCGCGUACCGUACCACAUGUCCAUUAGUUGGAAACCCGGUUGCGAAACUAUUGUCGACAGCGUAAGCCCAGCUGCCCCACUUGCUAAAGCAGACAAAGGCACGCCUGAGCGCGAUAUAGAAUGCGUCGAGUUGCUGUAUCAAAACUGGUUAAAAUGUGAUAAUCGAGGCCAAGGCGGAUAUAUCGAUGCGGGAUGCUUGCGGUAUGAAUUCGAGGUGAACUGGGUAUCCAAAAUCGAGAUUCACUGA